AACAGUCUGUAUAGGGGUUAGAAAACACACAAAACUAAGCAUUAAACCACAUUGAAAUGGCCUCUAACAGACAUUUCGUUGUUGAAGUAUAUUCCGUGGAAACCAAUGAAGUUUUCCCAAUCAAAGAUGUCUGUAACUCAACCAAUAUUAAGGAAUUGAAAAUCAAGUUAGAGUUGCUUGUUGGCAUACCCACACACUUGCAAAGAAUAAUGUAUUUAGAUGAAGGUGAUAUGGAGGACAACAGUACAUUGAAACACCACGAUGUUGUAUCAGGAGCAAGAUUAACUCUCAGGAUUUGGGCUUCAUGGUCUUCUUUAAUACAUGCAAGUGCAAAAGGUCACAUUCCUGAUGUCCUGAAAUUGGGCGUGACUGCAGACAGUGAUUUUAAGAAUCCGAACACUGAACAAAUGACAGCACAAGUAAGAAGAGAAUGGUUUCUCGGUCGAGCUGCAAUUGCUUUGUAUAUUGCUGCACAUAGAGGAAACGUGGAACUGAUGAAAGCACUUAUUGAAGCAGGUGUUGAUAUUACUGCCACCACUAAAUAUGGUCGGAAUGCGUUACAUGUAGCUGCAGCUGGUGGACAAGAUAAAUGUGUUGACUUACUACUUGCUCAUGGUGCAGGAGUCUUGAUCAGCAUUGAAGAUAAACUUGGAGAAACUCCUCUUCAGUCUGCUGCAACCUCCGGACACAAAUCUUGUGAGCGAAGACUUUUCCUCUUUCAGUGGAGAAAACGAGCUUCCAAGAUGCAAAAGAUUGCUCUUCAUUCACAUGAUCAGUUGAUGGCUCACCAACUUUAUGAUUCUUCGUCUAAAACUUGUCUGCGAGGAUCGCAAAGUCAGAUCUACCAGAGUCAAAUCCUACCCCCACAAGAGUUUCAAGGCACAGGACUUGGUUCGAAACGAAGUGAGCCGAUCAUCAAAUCAAUGAUGACAGAUCAACAAAAUUCAAAUGAGACCAAAUCACAACUCACCAAGGAUUUCCCUGUAAUUGGAAAACCCAGCCAAAAGUCUGUUACUGAAAGCAAAAAGUCCACUUCAAAAAUUUCAUUUGAAGUUGUGAAAUCAAGCGGCCAUGACAGCCCGCUCUCCACGCAAACCACACAAUAUAAGCAUCAUAAACAAGAGGAAAUGACCAGCCAUCCUGUGCAUCAACGCACAUGAUGUUAAUGUUAUUUAUUUUUAUUACAUGUUCCUGUUUAGUUAUGUGUAGUGGCUGCCAAGACUAGUUGUAUGCCUACAUGUUUAAAAGCUUGGCCUGUGUUGUUAGUUAUACACUGUAUUGGAACUAGCAAAUUGUUUUACCGGUAUAUGUACUGUUUUAUUCUUUGUUUAAAUCUGUGUUGGUAUCUGCCAAGUUUACUGUUAUUUUAACGUGCACUUGUUCUUUUGUUUACCAAAUUUCUGUGUAACUUUGUUGUAUUACCCCACUGUGCACUUACACUGUACUUCAUUAAGCGUUAGCAUAUUUUAUAUCUAUUUCUGUCAAAACUUAACUUUGUUACGAACUUCUAACCUUAAUGCCUUAUUUUG